AUGGCGGCCGUUUUGAAAGUUAAAAUUCAGGCUGACGCUUUCAUGGUUUGCCUAGCUCAUGCUUUAUCCACAGACAGGGAAGAAGUAAUGGGACUUCUGAUUGGUGAAGUAGGUUAACACAUAAUCUGAAAUAUUGUUUCCAAUUUACAAAUCUAUGGGGAGCAUCGCUCGCCCCAAUUUUACCUUCUUUUCCAUUACCUCAGCACGUAAUUCAUUCACAAAUAUCAUCUAUAUUUGUGAAUGAAUGAAUGAAUGAAUGAAUGAAUGAAUGAAUGAAUGAAUGAAUGAUUUGAUUUCUUGGAGUGAAUAGACAGAGUAGUGGCUGCCUGUGUGUGAGACUGUCACAGCCUGUACCCUGUUGUUCCAGGAAAUCCAGUCAAAGUUUACUACCAUUAGGCUAUUGGUGUAUAACAGUAUGUUGAUAAUUGAUAAAAUUAUCAGUUUAUAUACGAUAUUUGGUUUAUCAAAUAUGUUUGAUAUUUCUGUAUAACUGUAUUGAACGUGCACAGCAGCUUUUAGAUAAAUUUUUUUGAUGCUUGCAUAAAUCUGUUCUCAGAAGAAGUAUUCUAUCAUGUGGUCGAUAUUUGUUUUGUUGGAAGAUGUUUCGCCUAUCAGUUACAUGAAAUUUCUCAAAUAUUGAAUAUGUAUUUGGAAAUAGGAACCACUAAUUGUUUUUGUGCAGUUUGGCAAAAACCAGAUUUACCAGACUGAAAAGUUUUAUUUGGUGCUGGAAAUUUUUUCCUUGGGAAAAAUGUACAGAAAUGGGUUAUUCCAGAAAACAUCCAUACCACCCCCACGGAGGAAAUUGGAAGUUAACCCCCCUACCCCCUUUGGAUGUCCUAAUACAUUUACUAUUAUCGGAAACAAUUUUCUCUCCCCUCCCCCUCCGGACGGCAGAAAUUUCCUCUGUGGGGGAGUGUGGAUCUUUUCUGGAACGACCCAAUGUCAGAUAUUUUCAUAGAAAAUUUAUUCCAGACCAAGGGAUCUUGUAGUCUUCGGUGGUGCAGUCGUCAGAGCGAGAUCAUAGGCUCUGAGAUCAUAGGCUCGCUACGGACUCAUGUGAAAAGAGUCUGUUGGCGUUCUGAGAUCAUAGGCUCGCUACGGACUCAUGUGAAAAGAGUCUGUUGGCGUUCUGCCGAAAGUCGUGGGUUUUUCCCAGGGCUGUAAAUACUUGUUAUAAUUGUAAUGCGUUACUGUGUACUCGUUACACUUGAAGUAAUUUUAACCUGUAAUUAAUUACGUUUUUAGAAAAGUAACGAAAAACGUAAUUAAUUACAAAAGCAAGGAACGUGUUCCUUUUCCAAGGAGCAAAUUGAAAAUUCCUUUUCUUAUUUUGUUAAAAAUAUGAAAUAAAAAAUACAACGCUACGACAAAAAUUCAGAAAAAUGGCUGAAAUAAUUUUCAACGAGAUCAUAUGACAUGAUAGCCUACAUGAAGUAUUAUUUAUUGCGAAAGUGGAAACCACAAUUUAUUCCAAGGCUCAGAGCACCAAAUAUUGGCAAAUAAAGUUUUAAGUUUACAUGCUUCGAUUUGCAUGUCAAAUGUUUUAAUAUAUUGAAAUAUAAUCUUAAAUGUCAAAUGUUUUAAUAUAUUGAAAUAUCAUCUAUCAUCGCAAAUUUCAUAGUUUAUACCAUUUUUAUUUACAACUGCUGUUUAAGAUAUUGUCUUAUAAUAUAUAUAGUAACAAUUUGCCGGUAAAGAAAUUUGUAAUUAAUUCCUUUUUUCCGCAGUAAUUUUUUCAUUGUACUUAAUUACAUUUUAGAACAAGUAAUUGCAAUCAGGAAUUUAUUACAUUUUAAAGCAAGUAAUUGUAAUUGGAAUUAAUUCCUUUUUCAGUGGUAAUUUUGCAGCCCUGGUUUUUCCGGCUGCUCUGGUUUCCCCCACAGGGCAAGUUGCAGGGCUUUCAGAAUUAUUCUGAGUAUAUGUUUGUUUUGGUAAAGUAGGCGGCUGUAGGGCGGGGGCAAUCUAGGGAGUCUUAAAGUCAUCCAAAUUAACUAGUGUAUAUUGAUUAGAUAACAACACAAAUUAUAAUGUAUUACUACUUUCAUUGUUCAACAAGAUUUAAGAUGGCAAAUAACUAAAUCAGUUUUACAAAAUACUACAUGCUGUACGUCGUUUUCGAAAGUAACCAGGCUAUAAAGCAUAGACCUGGUUGAGAAAAAAUAACUUUGUUUGAAUUUAAAGCUUAGAGAGGAGGAAGGAGGACAAAAUUGAUAUUUCAGUUGUCCUGCUUGGUAAAGGAGUAAAGCACGUUUUCGCUUCGGAUCGGUUAUGCCACUAGCCAAUAUAAACAUUUCGAAAUCUUACAUCCAAAGUUUCCAUUUGCCAGCCAAACUUGAACCAAUUUCCGCGUCUGGCGAAAAUUCGGGUAAAGGUUGAAUUGACACUGACUGUGUAUUCACAUGAAAUUGUGGUUGUUGUUCAGCCUGAUCGACCAUAUGCUCGUCGCCAAUGUAAUAAUAUUCUUUGUAAUAAUAUUUAGUUAGUAUUUAUUGAUUCUCAACCAUGACAAUCUUCGCUACAUCUCUGUCUCUACAACUCGUGUCUUUCUUACUAUAUAUAUAUUAUUCUUCCUUGCAUGCCAUAUAAGGUAAUGUUCUAGAAUGUCACUGUUACGUCAUUGUUUACUACAAGAGUUACAAUUAUAAGUCAGAAAUAAUGCAUUCAUAUUUUGAGAAUUUGGAUUACAACCAGUUUGGAUACAACCAGAAAAAAAUCUAAUCUCAAAUCUAGCUGAUUUAGUGCAUGUGCCAUUAAAGGGGGAGAAGGGUGGAGACAUAAUUUUUCUCAUUAAAGGAGUUAAAGGAUGAGGUACAAUAGAAAUAAAUGAGACUUUUACAAAUUACAACCUCAUUCCAGGCUUUUUGUGCGGCCUUGCAUGUAAAUGUGUUGAAUUAUGGUUGAAAUAGCGUAAAAUUAUCAAAAGCGACGCGCGCAUUGUUGAAAGUUCUGUUACUGUUACUUAACAAUGACCACUUUAAUUUGUUACUUGCUGGGGUUCAAAUACUAUCAAUGGUUAGCAUUUCUCUAAGGUAAACUGCUUCACAUAAUGUAUACAUGUAGUCAGAUUUCAUUGAUUCACCUGUAGGUUGAUGAAUUUAAUGUUUCUCAUGUGUUCACUGUAUUUAUGCUACGUCGAUCCGACAAAAGGAAAGAUCGAGUUGAAAUAUCACCAGAACAAUUAUCUUACGCUUCAACACAAGCAGAAAUAUCCUUUUUGUGUUACUGA